AUGGAUCAUAAAAAGAGUAUGCCUCUCAUAAAAAGUGAAGAUGAAUUAUCUAAAUGUAUUGAACUUCUAAGAAUAAAAAGGCAAAACAUACAUGAACAAAUAUUAAAGGAAGAAGAUAAAGAACGGAUACAAAAAGAGAUAGCCUUGUUAAACGAAAAAUUGCAAGAAAUAUGUAAUAGCAUAACUAAAAAAAUACAAACACGUUUAGAAUAUGAUAGAACGAUUAAAGAGACAUCAUCUGCUUAUACAAAAAUAAGAGAAUCUGCUAAAUCAUUAUUACACAUUUUAAAAAGAGAAGAAACACAUUUGGGUAAUAAACUAUACAAUGGAACAUCUGAUGAUGAUUAUAAAUCUUUUAAGGACUUGAGACACAUACGAAAUUAA